CGAUCCCAGGAAGUAAAUCGCUUGUUGCCGGCUCGUGUGAAUCGUUUGUCAUUUCUCGAAAUUUACAUAAUGGACAAACUUUUGAUCGUGGGAGCAGCAAGCGCAGCUACUGCUGCUGUCGCUGUUGCUGUGGUACCCGUUGCCCUGGGAGCGGUGGGGUUCACAGCAGGCGGGAUCCUGGCUGGGUCCAAAGCAGCGGCCAUGAUGUCUGCUGCAGCGGUGGCCAACGGAGGCGGGGUGGCAUCUGGGAGUCUUGUGGCAGUGCUGCAGUCCACUGCGGCCGCGGGUAUGUCUGGUCCUGUUACUGCCGCUGUGGCAGGAGUGGGGUCCGCACUGGGAUCGGCUACGAGCUGGUUGUUGACCAGAAAGAAGUAGGACAAGACAGGAAGCCAACCAAAGAAUCAACCAGAUUUUCGGCACUAUUCAGCUCUGCUCCAUGACUCCUGUGUGAAUUCAAACCAAUUCACCCUGUUGCUUCCCAAUAACAGAUUUUUUUUGGUGAUUGUCUCACUUGACAGUAUAAACAUUGUUGUGAAAAUAUGCUAACUCACUUGCAGUUAGCAUAUUACUUGCAUACACAUUGUUCUGUGCUAUUUUGUCUGUUUUUACUGUCCAAUCCAAGUUAAAAUAAAACUGGAAAA